AUGUCUCGCUAUACUGUCACGGAGAACACCAAUCGGUCAGCUGCAUGCCAGCCUGCUGCAGCUGGCGCGGGAGCGACGGCGACGACGUCGCCGUCACCGGAGGUGUACUUCAAGAAACAAGUCUUGAAGCUUGGCAUGGACGGCACCAGUCUCUCCAGGCUCGUUGUGGUGACGGACACACACGUCUACGUGUGUGUCCCUUCUGGGGGCAUCACUCGCGCCAUCGCGGUGCGCCGCAUUGAACGUGUGACCUUGUGUUCACGCGAAGACGUCGGCAACGACGAGGACGGAGACGACUAUGCAGGCUGGAAUGCGGCAUCGGGUAGUGCAGGCGGUGCUGGGAGUGAUGACCCCGCCAUGCCGUCGGCGAAGUCGUUCUUCGCUUCGGUCUUCUCACCGCGCGGCGGCAUCGCCGGCCGAGCGAGUCUCCAGGCACCGCACCACAGCCAUCCGGACUCGGGGGGUGGCGACGCCGGCGGCGCUUUGGCGGUCCGCAGCGCCGCGGUUGGCAAGACGGGAUGCGAAGUGCCGGCGUCUGUAGCAGCCGGGAGGCGCAUGACGAUCGUCACCCUCGGCAUCGCCCGAGAGGCUGCACUUGCCUUGCAGUUUUACAGCGGCGUCGACGGAGAGGACUUUGUUGCGGCUCUGCGCAAGGCGUCGCAUAUAUCAACAGCAGCGCUGUUUAACCUGCCCGCAGAGGAGGGGCCAAUAGACCCGGCCGGCCGGCUGCUGCCGCUAUCCGCGCGUUGUGAGGACCCUGUCGUGCCUCGAGUCCUUAAGCGGGGAGCGGGCGACACCAACAUGGGCAAUCACAAGCCCGACGCGGAAAGCAUACGCGCUGUGGAGGAAGUGCAGCUCUCGCCACCACGCAGCCCUCGAAGCCCAACGGCGCCACCGCAGCCUGCGGCACACCGCGCCUUGCCGCCUCACGACAGGAGCGGCAGCGGCAACAGUGACGGCAGCCGCGGAAGGCACCCCAGCUCGAGAAAGAGCGUGAACACGGCGGUGCCGGGUCAGGCUGCCCAGCAAAAGGUCGGGGAUCGGGCGCCACCUGCCCCGUCUCCCGCGGUUUAUGCGCCGGCCGCGGAGGAGACACGGUGGCAUUCUCCUCCACAAGCGCUGAGCAGAUUGCAGAAGUCGACGGACAGCUCACCCUCAGCAUGGCGCACGCCGUCGCCGCUGCGUACUGCACCGCAUCGCAAGGUCCCCGCGCCCCCAUCUCCUGCGCCGUCACAGCAGCUGCAACUGUCGGCGCCGCCUCCGCUGAAGACCAUCCGGGACCCGGCAAUCGAGGGCAAAGGCGGUGGCGGGUCCCACAACCGUGGCAGCAGCGCUACUGAAAGUCUUCGUGACGCUGCGAGCGAGCCGACGCGCACAACGUCGCAGGAGCGGCUUCCCCGGCUAAUCUACGCUACGGCAUCGUCUGCUAUGUGCGAGGGGGUGCCUUCGUGCCCUGAAGCAGCGGCACCAGUGUCACCGACAAAGGCAGAGGCGGUGCCACGUCGAAGCCUCUUCGCGGAUGAGCUCGACGCGACACAGGUCGUUGAUCCAACGGCCAGCUCCCUGUCAGCGGCAGCGCCGCGAACUGCCUUUAUGGCCACAGAGAAUGGUGCUUGCGAUGCUCCCGUCCAUGUCGGCGCCCUUCAAGCUGAGCUGGCGGCUCAAUCGGCCGCCGUGGCGCGGCUGCAGCGCAGUUUGCAAGCGCACGAAUCCCUGCUGAUUGAACUCGCGGAUGCCAGGGCGGAUGUACGUGGCCUCCACGCCACCCUUGCCGAGCGCAACGAGCAGUGUGAGGAGUGGCGAUCCGCCUGCAGUCAAGCUGAGCAGCGCGCUACCAUGCUCCGACACCAACACGAGCGCAUGCUCGCGGAGCAGCAAGAACGACUGCGGCGGGCUCAUCAUGCGGAGCUGGAAGCUGUGCAGGCGGCCUUUGAAGAGUACGACGCGCGCAUGUCCGCUUUCCUUGAACAGCUGCAACAAGAUCAUCGUGAAGAAGCGGUACGGUGGCAGCGCGAGCGGCGCGCGCUGCUCCUCCAGCUGCAUGAGCAACAGCGCCAGCAGCAAGAGAUGGGGGAUGUAGAAGGGCACCGUCGCGUGCGAGCGGCCGAGGUUGCGGCACGGGCGCACUAUGAAGCCCAGCGCCGACGCGCUCCAGCACCGCAGGUGUACCAACGCGAGAGCCCGCAUGCGCAGCGGCAACGGCAGUCGUCAGCCGUCGUUGCUAGUGUCGUCCACUCCCCACGAGACUCCGGCACAUCGAGCUGGCGCCGCCCUCUGGCGUCGUCCGCGGAGUGUGAUCUGGCCUCUGCAGCGUGGUCACGCGCGGAUGUGAACUCGCCGUCAGAUUCGCUUCUCAGCCAACGACCACCGCCACGACAGCCGCCUUCACACGCAACGUCGCCGUUCAGCGCACACCAACUCAUGAAUGGCAACCCGGACGUGGACGAGGAGGUGAACCACGUCCAUCCGGCUGCGCGCCACGGCACCGCGGCUCUGAUUCGCCGACCCCAUUCCUACUUUCAAACACACCUCGAGGCGCCGCCACCGUACCCAUGGGACUGCCGCGUUCCUGAUGCACAUGACGUUGGGACGGGCGCCUACACGCUGAGUCGUCGCUCCUACGUGUAG